UCUGCGAUGAUGCGUCUAUGGGAGGCUGCAGGCCGACCAAGAUGGGAGGACAGACGCUUCGAAGGAACUUCACCAGAUAACAUGUUUGCUGGAGAAGCUAGAAAGGGGGAUAAGACACCAUGCAGGGAACUGAGCAUGCAUGGAGCAACGUUGGAUGAUGCACACCAGACAGGGAUUCUGGAGGCCAUCAGGAAAAACCUUUUUGGGAACGGAGCGAGUACAGAGAAAGCCAUCCCGACUGCAGGAUCCGAGCAUGGAAGAGAGGUACAGGAGGGUCCCAUUUAUAUUGACUCAUCAUCGACCCCAGAGGAGGAGGAUUGUCGAAACAUGUUGAACAGGGCAGGACCUUCGGGGAUCACCUUUAGUAAUCAACAGCAAUCAACCUCAGGUGCAGUGGGCGAGGGAACACCUGUCAAAGCAGAGAAAAAAUCAUGUGGAACACAGACCAUAGCAGAAGCAUCACUGGGUGAUGUCUCCAUAUUUGCUAAUCUUGAGGCAAUUAAGAAAAGCUGCUUGGAGACAAUGAGAAAAUUCAACGAAAGACAAUGCACCAUCGAGAAAAAGAACCGGCAACAUCAAAGAAAUAUUGCCAACCUGAAAAGAAGACUUUUAUCAUUGGAGAAGGAGCUCAGGAGGCUGAGGGAUGACUUGAAAAAAAAACAAUGGAGAAGAAUGAGAGUACAAGACAUACGCAGGUCACCACCAUGGUUUUAUGGAGAACUGGAAGGUGGACUUCCGUUAGGACAAUUUUUCUUUUGAGGAUAACGAGCAAUCUCCCCCCUCCCCCAAAAAAACACAGAACGCCUGUGUGAGACUCAA